AGGAAUACAAGUCGAAUGUCAGGUCUCUACAAAAUUUAUAUUUAAUAAAAAUAUGUCCCAACCACGGUUCCCCGGGCGUCAGAGCCUCCUGAAGGUCAAUCGAACCGCCACACAGCUUCUACCGGUUAUGACGAGACAAAUGACUCGGCAAAUACCACCACUAACAGUGACAUGUCCAGCUCCCGCACCUAUCGAUCCGUCUCUGCCACUCCGUGGACGACCGCCGAAGCGGCUCAAAAUGGAACAGCUCUCGGUGGGUCUCCGCCACCAGCAAGGUUCUUCGUUUAUCAUGAAACUCUUCGAUCGGAGCGUUGAUUUGGCUAGAUUCGAAGGAGACAGUCCACUCUAUCCCGUGUGCCGGGCUUGGAUGCUUAACAAACCGAGAACGAGAUCGGAUCCGACAUGCAACAGCAACGAAAAACAUCAACCACUGGGAGCGGAAUCAUCCCGCCAAUCGAUGCCGGAUAUCGUCGAACGGUUCAAUCGGAAGGAGAUAGACGAAAUUGCGAACAUGCCCAAACCGAGCGAGACCGACACACAUCCGUUUCUGCUGGAAAAGCCCUUCCCGAAAGAUAAUUCCGAUCCAAAAUUGGACGAUUUGGAGGGAUCAGCCGCCAGGAGCGAAGCGUUGCUCAAACAUCACAAAGCCCGCUGGACCAAAGUACGUCGCAACUGGCAGCGCCAUCGGCGGAAUUACGGCCGGAAGUAUCAACUCAGCUACGAUCUGCUGGAUGCAAUCAUCAUGAAGCAAGUUUAAUUUUGUUGCGGAAAAUUCGCUCCUGCUGUUUCCUUUUCUACUGCGCCGCGAAAGCAGCGGAAUAAAGUUUGAUUACUAUUUUGCUUCAUAGAUAUUUGAGCAAUGGGAUCAAUAAUAGUGACAGUAAA